AUGCAGGCAACGGCCAUUGAUAUUCUUUGCUCAACCGCUUCGGUCGCUCUCGUCACCUGCACGGCCGUCGCGGUCACAGUCGUCUUCACAUUAUGGUCCUCACCGCGGCCUGGACCGGUCGAGAGCCCGUUUCCCCGCGGCAGACUGUGCGACAUCGGCGACGCAACGGCGGCCGGCGAGGUCGCCAAAGUGUCAGAUCUCCCGGAUGGUUGGUGGCGGUCGGACGGGCUCCUGGAGGAUGAAAGGCGAGCGAUCUUUGCUGGGAUGUCCAUUGCCGUCUCUCAUGCAAGCAUGUUUCCCAGUUCGGGGUCGUACCGGAUCGUCGAACACCCAGCGGGAUUCCCUCUGUUCCUGGUCCGCGGCAAGGACCGAGUCCUGCGCUGUUUCCACAACGUCUGCAGACACCGUGCCUAUCCUGUCGUUUCGACGAAGCGGGCGGGCUGCACCCCGGUUCUGGCGUGCAGAUACCAUGGCUGGACGUACGACCUCCAGGGCCACCUGGUCAAGGCUCCCAAGUUUGAGAACGUGAAGGGAUUUCGAAAGGAAGCGAACUCACUCCUCGAAGUGAAUACCGCUAUUGACGCCGACGGCGUGGUCCGCAUCAAUCUGAGCCUCCCGCCCGAGUCUGAUGCGUACGUCGACGACAAGGUCUUCAGCAGAGGGCACCUGGAAAGCUGGGAGGUGGAGGGGACAUUCAAUUGGAAAAUGGCCGAAGCGGAGGAUGCAUUUUCUCUGCCGACAGUCUCCGGGAAACGAGGUAAUCGAAAUAUCACGCAUACGAAGCCCUCGGUCUUGUCGGACGUCUUCGCUCUACGGCAUCUCGGUUCUUCCUUGCUGAUCACGGUUCAGCCCAAAACGGCGGCAAAAUGCGUGGUGCAUUGCACGUUGUACACAUCGGCAGGGCUAUCUUCCGCCACAUCGGCGCUACUCAGCACCAUCCAGUCCGAUAUCGUUCGCUGUGUCUCCUCUCUCGAAGACCGGUAUGCUGUAGCUCAAGCGUGCGAAAGCAGUCGACCAACGCUGCACGACUCGGUCUUUCUUGAGAAAAUCAAAUCUCAUCGCCGCCUCGAGCGAUCCAAGGGUGGAAAGGUCUGGCCCUCGUCGGUGGGCGGCGAGAAUCAUAGUUGUCGCUUUAACAUUGCUGAGAGCUUGACCCAGGAGCUCAUGUUAAAGGCGACGGGACAUGAAGGGUCAGGGGAUGGGGUGCUAUCCUGGUAG